GACAAUGCAGACUGACCUCUGAUCCUUGUCAUCACCACGAUAACAGAAUACCUUCUCCCUUUGAGAAAACAGAAACAACAAGAGCCCAAAAUGAAGUUGGCAAUCCUCUGUCUGGCUUUUGCGGCCGUCGCCUCUGGUCUGUACAUCCCUGCAGAAGAAAAGAGAGAUCUUCACGGUACUGCAGUAAUAAUUGAGAAUGUCAUCAAGGAAAUCGAGAAUGCUCUUCACCCUGGCAACAAGAGAGACCUUCACACGGUUGCUGAGGUAAUUGAGAAUGUCAUCAAGGAAAUCGAGAAUGCUAUUCACCCUGGCAACAAGAGAAAUCUCCAUGAUGCUGCUGUCAUUGCUGAGAAUAUCAUCAAAGAAAUCGAGAAUGCUAUUCACCCAGGCAACAAGAGAAACCUUCACGAUGCUGCUGUGAUUGCUGAGAAUAUCAUCAAGGAAAUCGAGAAUGCUAUUCACCCAGGCAACAAGAGAAAUCUUCAUGAUGCUGCUGUCAUUGCUGAGAAUAUCAUCAAAGAAAUCGAGAAUGCUAUUCACCCAGGCAACAAGAGAAACCUUCACGAUGCUGCUGUGAUUGCUGAGAAUAUCAUCAAGGAAAUCGAGAAUGCUAUUCACCCUGGCAACAAGAGAAGUCUUCAUGAUGCUGCUGUCAUUGCUGAGAAUAUCAUCAAGGAAAUCGAGAAUGCUAUUCACCCUGGCAACAAGAGAAGUCUUCAUGAUGCCGCUGUCAUUGCUGAGAAUAUCAUCAAGGAAAUCGAGAAUGCUAUUCACCCAGGCAACAAGAGAAGUCUUCAUGAUGCCGCUGUCAUUGCUGAGAAUAUCCUCAAAGAAAUCGAGAAUGCUAUUCACCCUGGCAACAAGCGAGGACUUUUUGAUUUUAUUAAAGAUAAGAUUCAAGAUGUCAAAGAUACAUUGGAAGGUAUCGCGAACGUGGACCUCCGUUCCGCCUAAACAAAAUCUCCAAGACACUGGCAAAAAAAGACAGAGACUGUUAUCAAAGAAGCCAUACUUGCCCUUUUUCCCAAUACCCAGGGGAACCAUGACGAAAAUGCUGAAAUGUUUUGACUAGUGGUCGAUACCAAGCGAUGAAAUCAUAACUCCUUUGAAAGCGACCUGCCUCAAAUCCAAGUCAAGGUACAAAUUACCGGAAACUUGAUAGCAUUACCGCUAUAUUCUAGCGUAUGCUAUCUUGAUAUCUAGUAAAUGUCGUAAUUAAGAACAAGAGCUGAUCCUUAGUGUAAACAUAAUCUUAGAAUUAUUUCUGUCGUUGUGGAGUGGUAUUUUUAAUAAUAUAAAGUGAAAUUUACAUUGGGAAACACUUGCUCUGUGGGAACAGAAAUCAUAUAGAAGGAAACUUCCAUGUGUUUCUAAGAAGUAAAAGCUCCAAUAAAAUCCUCUUUCAAAACAUUCAA